AUGCCCUGCUGUCACAGGCUGGCUGGUCAUUUAAGUGGAGUUGGACCCAACCUCACCUGUGAAUGGUCAAUUACUUCCCCAGCUGAGCGUGAUCAGCUAGAAACAUAUUUAAAAGCCAGCAGUGCUUUCGUGCUGCGAGCUCAGGAGGCCGAGGGGCAAGGGGGAGCCAGCCAGCCCGCCCCCGAGAUUGCAGAGCUCACCCCAGCUCCACGCACGCGCCUGUCCGGGGCUGGCACCGAACACCCCCCCCCCGUACGCCCCUCGGAAGGGACUCACCCAGCAGCUCCGCGGCAGGUCACCGGGCGAAGGCAGCCGGCUCCCCUCGCUCCCCCCCGCCUCCGAGGCGCUGGCAGGCUGGGCUGCGGCGAGGCCCGCGUGCCCUUGGCUGUCUCGCUCUGGGAGGGAGGCGGGGAGCAGAACCUGUCGCAGGGUUCGGGGAAUGGAACAUUCGCGGCCGCAAACGGAUACAAAGUAGCAGCAGAACGUCCCGUCUGCACCAGCGUCUCGCGAGCCGCCGAGAGCGUGAGGCUCCUGCUGCCCCCGCCCUCUCUCCGCCGGCAGCAGCCGCCCGCGUGUCUCCGCCUGCGCUCUCGCGCUAGCUCACUGCGAGCGCCGGCCGGGGAGAAGAAAGCGGGCGGGGCAGCGCCUGGCCCGUCCCCCAGCGACACACGGCGGAGAGGCAGGAUCAAGGCGGAGCAGGGCCAGCAGCGCCUGUGGGCGGGCGGACACGUGGGAAUCCGCCCCGCAGCUUCCGAGGGGGCUCUACAGAAGACCUCUCUCCAGUGGAACUCUACAGGAUCAGGGUUCCAUGAGGGUCUGGGGGCAAAACAGAUGGCAGAAGAGGCACCCCAAGGUCCCAUCACCAUCGUAUCUGAGCAUUUCACAAUCUUUAAGCUAGGAGAUGGAUUUGGUGCUCGCCCUUCAAACUUUACAUAUAGUUAA